CUCUAGCUGCUUCACCGCUGCCUUCUUCACGAUCCCGCACAUAGAACCAGAUCAACUGCUUUCCAGCAUCUCUUCGCUGCGCCCGUCGCUUUGAUUCGCUGCGCGGUCGUCCAGUCUUUGACAAGAAAAGAUGGUCAGGCUCAUGUUUAUCGGUGUGGUGGCGACGUUGCUGGGCUUCAGCUGCAGGGCAGACGCUUGGGGCGGGGGCAAGAAGAAGGAUGAGGAGCCCGAGAUGCCCACGGGGAAGGAUGCCGUCGACCUUGGCCGCGCCGGUUUCCGACAAGUAGAGAGCGCCCGCGACAACCUGUGGGACAAGAACUUCAAGAAGGAGAUGAACAAGUUGAUGGAGAGCGACGAGUGGAAGAACGGUGCCACCGACGCCACAGACUUCCUCCAAGACCCCAAAGCCAUGGAAGCCAUGGCGAAGAAGACGAAAGAAUACACCGACUUCAUCGCUGCCGGCCCCGGGAAGGACGGCAAGAGGGACGCUGCGAUGGGCCUCAACGCGGCGUCAGCGUCGAUGAUGGACCCUAACUUCAUGAAGGACGCCAUGGAGAUGAUGCAGGACCCCGCUGUCAUGAAGCAGGUGGAGGAGACGAUGAAGAACCCGGAAUUCAUGAAGCAGAUGAAGGAGGUGAUGGACAACCCGGCCAUGAAGGAACAGCUUGCGAAGGCCGGCGCCAACAUGGAAGAAUUGAUGAAGAACCCCGAGCUCAUGGCGGAAGCACAGAGGCAGUUGCAGGCCAUGAUGGGGGGUGCGGCGGCGGCGUGAGCUAUGCAUAGCUAACGGGGAAGAAGCACGCGGGGAGAGAAAGAAGAGAGGACACCUGCUGAAGGAGACGGGCGACGGUGUUUUCGCGUGUCCCUUGUGUUGUUGGGCGACGGUCAUGUGUUUUCCAUGGCGGUCACGGUUUGCCCGCGAUUGAGUCGUGCUUUUAGAAUCAAGGCUCACUCUGGUGCCUUGGGUUGGUUUGCUCACACACACGCGCACACACCCCGCGUGCACUGGCAGGACGCACUGGUACAGUUGAAAACUUAGGUAAUCGUUGUGUGGCGUCUCUGUCUGCUCGUCUGUCUCUGUGGUUGGCGCAGCUAUCGUAGAACUCAGAGAUGGGGCUGUCGUAGACUGGACGACAGCAGUUAGACUAGCUGUAGACGAAGCAGUACAGGCCAACAAACCGCCUUGUAUCCUCUUCUUUUGAGGGGGGAGCCAAGGUCAUGUCGGGAGCACGGGUGGCCGUGAAUUGUAUCUGUUUUCUAUCUGGUCUGGUGUGCGCCAUGAUCUGGUGUAGCCUUUCUUUCUCGGCGCCUUGCUGCUGCCUCCACUGUGCCUCUCGUUUCGGUAUGCGCGGUAUGUGGUUGUUUUGGCCAAGGUAUUGCCCAGGCAUAUUUACAGCAUGUGCACGUGAGCAUAAUCUGCGAAUCGAUACAGCUUGACCUCGGGGAUGCGAGGUUCGGGGGUGUGGUGCUUCCGGUUUUUCUUGCUUCGAUAUUUUUUAGAAGGGAGAGGCAGGUAGCCCAUCGCUAUGUAGGAUGUGAGUGUUGUCGGAGAAAAUCUCGGAUCACCUCGGUUGUGUUCCGGUUUUGCCCAUUUUGGCGAAGAGGGUGCCAUUUUUGAAUGAAUACCCCGAUCCGCAGUGGUCUGGGUGGCAACGCAGCGUUGUUGCCUCUAUAGAGCUUUGAUAUGAUAUAGAGUUUUUUUUUGUGAAUUCCCUAUUUUUUGGGGAGGCCCUGCCCUGUCUAAAGUGUUCG